AUGUUAGAUCAAGCAUUUUGUGACGAGACAUUAGAUAUGAAACCAUUGGAAACAGAAAUUCGUCAUUCAUUCAGUCAUCAUAUUAUCAUGUUGUGCAAUCAAAAAUGGAAGAUAGUUGAGGAGAUUACAAAAUGGGGCACUACACUUAUUUCUCAAAUUCAAGAAUAUGUUACUCAACAAAGAAAACUUCUCGACGAAAUAUAUGAAAAGAAGGUGCUUUAUCUUGAUACUAUACGUGAUCGAAUCCUUGAACAAACUCUGAUAUAUGAGCAGAAAACAGAUAACGAAGAAAUUAAUCAAUGGUUAAAUCAACUUAAUACUCUAAAAGUUGAAUUAGCUACCCUAGCUUAUAUUAAUCGUCCGAUUUCAACGAUACAAUUGGUAACAGAAGAACAAUCAAUGCAACCAAAUGUAGAUGAGUACAAUGAAUAUAAGACUCAAGAUGAACAAUCUUCAGAGAAAAUAAUCGAUAAUAACGAGAAAAAUAUUAUCAAUAAUACUGAUACGAUUGAAAAUAAACCGUCAAAAGUGACAUCUACAAAUACAGAAUCAAUAAAAUUUCUAUUUACUGUUGCCACUUUCGUUAUGUCAAAUUAUAAGCACCUUUAUCCACCAGUUCGACAAUGUCGAUCGGACACAGAAAUUCGCAAUUUAUUCGAACGUCAUAUGAAAGUAUUGUAUGAUCAAAAACAGAAGAUGAUUAAUGAGAUCACUGAAUGGGAAAAUAAUCUUAUACGUCAAAUUCAAGAAAAUGUUGUUAAUCAAAAAGCUCUAUUGGAACAAGAAUGUAAAUAUCAGCUAAAUUAUCUUCAAGUUAAAUGUCAAGAAUUUCUCGAUACAGCAUUGAUCUAUGAAGAGAAAAAGACCAGAGAAGAAGUUCGCCAAUUAAUUGAACAAUGUCAUGCUUUAAAAUUUGAAAUAGCUAUAUUUGAAUAUCCAGAACGACUUAUUCCAUUUAUUCAAGUGCAAAAACAAAAACAAUCCGACGAAGUUAAACAAGAUGUGUUCAGCGCGCAUAAAAUUAGUAAUAAAUCGACAAAUAGUGAUGAUUUUAUAAUAGAUAGUAAUAAAAAUCUACAUGCAUCUACAUCUUCUAUCUCAACAUCUGCAAGUUCUAAUCAAAUAAAACAACAGUUAUUGACAACUUUAUCUGCUAUCCAUGACAAUCAUUCGAUAAUCGACAAUGAUAAUAGAAAUUCUAACAUGAUAAAUCAUGAUGAUAUCCUCAAUAAAUGUCCUGCUUGUUUUAUAAUCUUUCCAUCAACUAUGGGAACUUAUGAACGAUCUCAACAUGUUAAUAAACAUUUUGACGAUAGUUGA